AUGGACGAAAACAGCCCUCUGUCUCCCAAGGCAAAUGCUUUCAGUAUCGCCUCUCUGAUUUCAGUCGCCGCCGCCGAGCAAGCAGGGAAAGGAGAGCUGGAGGAGCGCCGCGGCGGCCGCAGCGCGCCCGCCCGCCCCGGCUGCCGCCCUCAGAAGAUGCACUUCAGCACCGUCACCAGGGACAUGGAAGCUAUCUCCAGCCCCUGGCUCACCCAGCUGUCCCAUUUUUGCGAUGUUGCAGCUUUCACGGCCAACAGCCUGAGCAGCCUGAACGCCUCCGGGGGGUACCACCUCUCCCCCUCCCCGGGGGACCCGUACGGACAGCAUGAACCGCCGCACUACGAGCCCUGCACGGCUCAGCAGCACCCGCACCCGCCGCCCCAGCCCCAGCACGGCUACCCUUUCGGCGGGGCGGCGGCGGCCGCGGCCGGGACCAACCCGCCGCCCCCAGGCCCCGAGCAGCCCGAGGGCGCCGGUGGAGCCGCUGCGGGGCCGGCCGCAGUCUCGGGCUGCUCUGCGGGGGCGGCCACCGCGGCCAAGGCGCCGGUGAAGAAGAACCCGAAGGUGGCCAACGUGAGCGUCCAACUAGAGAUGAAGGCGUUGUGGGACGAGUUCAACCAGCUGGGCACCGAGAUGAUCGUCACCAAGGCAGGCAGGCGCAUGUUCCCCACCUUCCAGGUGAAGAUAUUUGGGAUGGACCCUAUGGCUGACUACAUGCUCCUCAUGGAUUUCGUCCCAGUGGAUGACAAGCGAUAUCGGUACGCCUUCCACAGCUCCUCCUGGCUGGUGGCUGGCAAAGCCGACCCCGCCACCCCCGGGAGAGUGCAUUACCACCCGGACUCCCCGGCCAAAGGGGCGCAGUGGAUGAAGCAGAUCGUUUCCUUCGAUAAGCUCAAACUGACCAACAAUUUGCUGGAUGACAACGGGCAUAUCAUUUUGAACUCCAUGCACAGAUACCAGCCGCGUUUUCACGUGGUCUACGUGGACCCCCGGAAAGACAGCGAGAAGUACGCGGAGGAGAACUUCAAAACUUUCGUCUUCGAGGAGACGCGCUUCACGGCAGUGACCGCCUACCAGAACCACCGGAUCACGCAGUUGAAGAUUGCAAGCAACCCUUUUGCCAAAGGAUUCAGAGACUGUGACCCUGAGGACUGGCCCAGGAACCACAGGCCAGGGCCUCUUCCUCUCAUGAGCGCUUUUGCCAGAUCCCGGAAUCCAGUCUCUUCCCCAGCCCACCAGAACGGGACAGAGAAAGAUGCUGCCGAGAGCCGGCGGGAGUUCGAGCGGGAGGCGGGCGGGACGGCGCUGCACCAGGCCGAGGCCGCGCACCAGCAGCUCAUGUCCCGCGUGCUCAGCCCGGCGCUGCCGGGCGGGGGCGGCGGGCUGGUGCCGCUGGCCGGGGCGGGCGGCGGCCGGCCCAGCCCGCCGCACCACGAACUGCGCCUGGAGCCCGCCGCGUCGGAGCCGCUGCACCACCACCCCUACAAGUACCCGCCGGCGGCGGCCGCCGCCUACGACCACUACCUGGGCGCGAAGAGCCGGCCCGCCCCCUACCCCCUCCCCAGCAUCCGCGGGCACAGCUACCACCACCAUCAUCACCACCACAUGAACGCGGCGGCUGCGGCGGCGGCGGCCGCCAACAUGUACUCGCCGGCCGGAGCUCCCGCCGGCUACGACUACGGGCCCCGGUAACGGGGCAGCGGCGGCACGAGAGACACCGCCCUCCCCUUCCCGCCUUCCCCCUCUUCCCGCCUCACGAGAGAGCUGAUUGGUCAGCUUGACAUGAUCGAUAGCCAGACAGCCCAAUCGCCGGCAGCCGGGCCCCGCCCCGCGCCCCGCCCUGUGGGGGCUGUGAGGGCGGCGGUGCCGGGAGCUCCAUCGCGGUGUGACCCGCGGCUGCACUUUGAUAAAUGAAGCCAUAUGUCCUUAUCUCGCUAUUCCUCCGUUCGUGCCGGGCACCGAGGACCGUCGGGCGGCUGGGAUGCGGUGGGAGGACGGUACUCCUCCUGCCAUCCCUGUCCCUCUCCCAUGGACAAUGUGGCCACUGCUGGCGGUUUGCUCCAAGGCCCUUCUGACAGGAUGUACAGCUGUGCUUCAGACCACUAAUCAGAGCAGAAACAAUUAUUUCC